UACCGGCUGCAGCAGCUCGCCCUGGGCCGCCUGCCGCCGCCGCCGCCUCUGCCCCGCGAGCUGGAGCGCGACAGGGACUACGGGGGCUUCUACGAAGCGCGAGUGCGGCCGGCCUAUGGGCUGGAGCGCGUGGCCGGCGUGGCGGCCGCCGGGGGCUUCCGCGGCGGGGGAGCGGGCGCCGGAGCGGCCGGCGAGGAGGAGAUCAGCCCUGAGGACGACCAGCGAGCCAACCGCACGUUGUUCCUGGGCAACCUGGACAUAACCGUGAGCGAGUCGGACCUGCGGCGGGCGUUCGACCGCUUCGGCGUCAUCACCGAGGUGGACAUCAAAAGGCCGGGCCGCGGGCAGACGAGCACCUACGGGUUUCUUAAGUUUGAGAAUCUGGACAUGGCGCACCGGGCCAAGCUGGCCAUGUCAGGGAAGGUGCUUCUGCGCAACCCCAUCAAGAUCGGCUACGGGAAAGCCACUCCAACCACCCGCCUCUGGGUGGGCGGCCUCGGGCCUUGGGUGCCCCUUGCUGCCCUGGCCAGGGAAUUUGACCGGUUUGGCACCAUUCGCACUAUUGAUUACCGCAAAGGGGAUUCCUGGGCCUACAUCCAGUACGAGAGCCUGGAUGCGGCGCAGGCCGCCUGCACCCACAUGCGGGGCUUUCCCCUCGGGGGUCCCGACCGCCGCCUCCGCGUCGACUUUGCCGACACGGAGCACCGGUACCAGCAGCCCUACCUGCAGCCGCUGCCCUUGCCGCCCGCGGCUCAUUACGAGCUCGUGGCCGAGGCCGCUGCGUUCGGGGCGCACCGGGGAGCCCCCCCGGAUCCUCUGCGGGGCACGCGGGACCGGACACCCCCGUUGCUCUACAGAGACCGCGACAGAGACCUUUAUCCUGAGGCAGAUUGGGUGCCUCCACCACCCCCUGUUCGGGACAGGAGUAACCGGGCAGCUGCCUAUGACCCAUUGGAAAGCCUGGAACGGCGCCGGGAUGGUUGGUCCUUGGAGCGGGACCGAGGGGAGAGGGAGUUGGGCAGUAGUAGCAGGGAUCAGCCUCGGAAACGGAGGCUGGCGGAGGACGGCGGCCGCCACUUGGACCGUUCCCCGGACAGCGAGCGCUCUUCCUCGUCCCGCAAGCGUCACUGUUUGGCCACGGCGUCUCCCCCGGACCGCAGCCCGGAGCUUGUCGGAGGGAGGGAGCGCUACAGCAGCGACCCCGAGCGCUCGUCCCGCUUGCUGCUCUUGGAGCGGCCCUCGCCUGUCCGGGAGUCGCGGCGGGGCAGCCUCGAGCGAGGCCCGAACGAAAAGCGCGAGCGCAAGAACUCGGCCGAGAGGGAGCGGAAGCACCGCGCGGCCGCCGCCGCUGCGCAGGAGGGCAAGAGCCCGGCCAAAAAGGACGAGCGCGUCGUGGAGGGAGGCGCCGGAGGCUCCCGCCUCAAAGCGCCGCCUCCCCGGCAGCAGCAGCAGCAGCAGGACGGCGCGGCGCCGCCCGCGGGAGCCCCCAAGCUCUGCUUGGCGUGGCAGGGGAUGCUCCUGCUCAAGAACAGCAACUUCCCGGCCAACAUGCACCUGCUGCAGGGCGACCUCGGCGUCGCCAGCAGCCUCCUCGUGGAGGGAGCCACGGGCGGGAAAGUAGCUCAGCUCAAGAUCACGCAGCGGCUGCGGCUGGACCAGCCUAAGCUGGACGAGGUGACUCGGCGCAUCAAGGUGGCGGGGCCCAAGGGCUACGCCGUCCUCCUGGCCGUGCCCGGCGCCGCGGACAACCGCUCCUCCUGCGGAGCGAGCGAGGCCGCCACCACCUCCACGCAGAGGCCGCUCAGGAAUCUUGUGUCCUACCUAAAGCAAAAGCAGGCGGCCGGCGUGAUCAGCCUCCCCGUGGGGGGCAACAAAGACAAGGAGAACAGCGGCGUCCUGCACGCCUUCCCGCCCUGCGACUUCUCGCAGCAGUUCCUGGACUCCACGGCCAAGGCGCUGGCCAAAUCAGAGGACGACUUUCUGGUCAUGAUCAUUGUGCGCGGGGCAUCCUAAGGGCCCCGUGUUUUCUGUACCUGACCCUGCCUCCUCCUCCUCCUCCUCCACGCAGCCCCUCCAGCGUGUGCCAGGUGCUAUGGGAUACAGCCUUAGCCAGCCCUGUCGUUAUUUUAAAUUAGAUCUUUGUUUGUAGGUAACUUUGCCUGCCUGUAUGGGGUUUUUUUUUGACCCUGUUACUACAUUUUUUUUCU